AUGGAGUAUGUGGACGAAAUCCCUUCUUCCGAAAACCAAACCAGGUAUUAAAAACACAGACGAUUUGCCAAACUUAGCUUUACUUAUACUUUGAUCUAGUCUUUUAAAGGAAAAACUCGCUUAAAAUAUUUCCUUUGGUUACUAUCUUCAGCCUUUGUUGUCAAUGUGGUGUGCUUACUACUCCGAACCCAUCCAACAUGUGCGUUGGGUGCCUACGAACGCAAGUCGACAUCACUGAGGGAAUUCCCAAGCAAAGUAAUUUAUAUUUCUGCAAAGCGUGUGAAAGGUAAGUUUUUCAGACUGAUUUAAUCUUGACCUCAUAUCGAUGCUUAAAAAUCGACGGAAACUCGUUUACUUCAUAGAUUUUGUCGCGUCAUAACUAUAAAUUGUGUUAUUGAAAAAAAAUGUGCUGAUAGCUACUAAAGAAGAACAUGGGAACAGUGUUGACAUUCGUAAAGUGACUAUAAAAGAUCUUCAAUCGGGUGAAUUGUACCUACAAGAGUUCAAAUUUUUAAAAUGUAAUAUGUCAUUAUCGUCAUUAUCAUCAUCAUCAUCAUCAUCAUUAUUAUUAUUAUCAUUUUCUUUAUCAAAACUAUAACAAGAUUCUCGGACGUGUUUGAUGUCACCAGCCCAAGUUGAGCACAAAUAGGACAGUGUACAUGUCAUGCUUUUCAUAGGACAGCGUAAUGUGAAAGUUGACACAUCACGCCUGUGUAACUGGACUGUAGGUGUCAUGUACACAUGCUGUUCUCAUGCAUUUUUCCCAGUUAACUGUUGUCUUUGUGUGAAAAUUUAUAAACAAUGUCUAGUUUCUUUCACAAAUUUUGUCAUAGUUUUAAUUAAUUGGUAACAGGACUUUGCAUCAUCCAAUUCUCUCUGUAAUCUUACUUGUGAUUCAUAAAUCAGCGAUGAUUAUGGACCAAAUUGGAUUCCACUCAGUCCUAUUAAUGUUAUUAAUAAUUAAUGUUAUUGGUAAAAAUCAAGUUUUGGUGCCAUGCCAGCUUGCUGAUUCAUACACCUUAACAUUUCCAUACUUACGGAUCUCCUCUAUUUUCUGUUUUUUCUUCAGAUAUCUUCAGCCGCCAAGCCAGUGGACAACAUGUGCAUUAGAAUCAAGAGAACUUCUAGCACUGUGUUUGAAAAAGCUAAAAGGGUUGAAUAAGGUGCAGUAAGGAAUAUAAAUCCUCUCUCUUGACUGCCACACAUUUUCUUGUAUUUUAGAUUGUAGAAUUGGGUGUUAGAUACUUACUAAACCCUUUAACUCCCAUGAGUGACCAGGACAGAACUUCCCCUUACGAUAUCAAUACAAUAUCAAGCAGACAAGUGUUGAGAAUAAAGAAAAAUAUUAAUUAUAGGAUUGUUAGUUGAUCCAAUACCAAAUUCUCAAAACUAACAUCACAAGAACUAAAUGACACACAGUAAGGAGAAUUACUAGUGAGAUCUUGGGAGUUAAAGGGUCAGAGUUCUUACCAGAGAUUUCCUUUAUUUUCACUCAUGUCCAUUUUGUAUUUGUGUUUGUAUCAUGAUAUAAGGAAAAAAUUAGAUUUUGGUCUGUUACAACCAAAAGGAGUUAUUAUAUGUAACUCAGUUGGUAGGAAAAGCAAGAUACUUACCAUUUGAACUUACAGAGAAAAUUUCAAAAAUACAUUCAGGAGACUAAGAUUUUGAUUCACCAGAAGAAAAGCAUGCAUCUUCUGAGGAUUCUCUUGAAGCUUAUUGUCUCAAACUUACUCACCACAUUGCCAAAAAGUUAAUAAUUGUUCAUUCAUCCAAAGAGCUAUCUGUCACCUUGUUAUGAAUUAGAACCCUCUAUGUCAUUAACUAAUUAAUAAUACAUCUUACUUCAGGUUCGCUUGGUUGAUGCAGGGUUUGUUUGGACAGAGCCUCAUUCUAAAAGAAUCAAAGUGAAAUUAACCAUUCAGAAAGAGGUUUGUUUUUUAUUGUGUUAGUGAUAAAAAUUUGAGUCAUCAUUCCCUAGAAACUUUGUCUUAAAGAUUCAAAGUAAUUGAGAAAUUAAAAUUAAAAAAACUUAGAAUCAGACAUCAUGCCCUUUACUCAUAUUCAUUGGGAGGAAAGAGUAAAACUGAUUGGUAAAACCUCUUCCAUUGCAGGUGGUAAAUUCAACGAUAUUGCAGCAGGUGUUUGUGGUGGAAUUUGUUGUGCAAAAUCAGAUGUGUGAUGCAUGUCAUCGACAGGCUGCUCAGGAUUACUGGAAGGCUGUUGUCCAAGUCAGACAGAAGGUACUGUGUGUUUAUUAAAGUAAUUGCAUUUUUUUUAGUGUGGGAGAACUGGGAAAUGAAAUUUGGUCAAGUGUCAAAGUGUCAUAUUUUGGAUCAAAAGGUCAUGAGUCUUGGACAGGAAUUCCUUUCAACUUAAAUUCAAAAUUAAGUUAAUAGCAUAUUCACAAUUUUGCCAGUGAGGAUGGAGGAACUUAGUCUUGUGCAUUUAUCAGCUCAUCACCAUGGUAGCUUAUCACAGUUUCUAGACCAUGAAGGGACAUGGAAUGCCUCUUCAUAAGUAUCCUUUUAAUAAUAUGAAAAGUUCUCUCUAAUAGUUUGAACCUCUGAGAAGUUAUGGUCAUGUCCAAGAACACAAUAGAAAAUCCUUGAUAAUGCCUUGAAUCCAGAACUUUUUAUAAAGCCUCAGUUGUUUGUUGGGUGGAUAACACUGGAUAAAUUGCCAUCCGCUGGACAGUGCAGUACUUUUUCUUAACUCUUAGGGAUUUAUCCAUAAGAUGGUGUAAUCUGCACUUUGAUUAACUGAGCAUGGGAGUCUUGAGGACUAACCAGUACUCAAAUAAGUCUUUCUUCCUCUGCAAACCAUUAGCCACCAAGAUGUGCUUAUGUUUUAGGCAGGUUGUAACUGCUAAAUUAAAUGAAAAUGUUAACUGUAAUCAAGAGUACAACAAUGAAAUAUUGUUUUGAUGUUUUUUCCAGACAUCACACAAGAAGACAUUCUUCUACCUUGAACAGUUAAUUUUGAAACAUGGAGCCCAUCAGAACACUGUGAAGGUCAAGCAAGAGUCAGGUAAGAGAGACAUUUAUUUUAAAAUUUAGUGAAAUUCAGGUGACUUUUGUGGAAGGGGAGAGGUUCCACCGUGUCAGCCCUGCUUUUGUUGUUUGACAGUAAUAACUGAACUUUGUUUUGUUACUAUAAUCAUAUGUAGACGGGGUGGACUUCUUCUAUGCAUCUAGAGCAGAUGCUCGCAAGUUUGUUGAAUUCUUGCAGUCUGUUGUUCCUUGCAGGUGAGGAGAAAUUGAAUUUAAACCCCUAACUCCAAAGGUCACAAUUAUGUAAUUCUCCCCACUGUUUGCCUUAGAUUUCUUAUCAUGCGGCUUCUGAGAAUUUGAUACCAGAUCGAACAGUUUCCAUCACCUGUGAGCUUGAUUGUCAUAGUUCACAUCCUUUUGGUAACACGCAUACAUGCACAUAAAUUGAAUGCAGCUGUUUUUUUUUUCCUGUUAUGAUUAUUAAGUAAACCUUUAAAAUUAUUUUCAGGUACAAAACGUCUGAGAAGCUCAUCUCCCAUGAUGUACACAACAAUACAUAUAACUACAAGUACACUUUCUCUGUGGAAAUUGUUCCUGUUUGCAGGGUUUGUAAUAAUACUAGUUUCAACAUCUAGUUUUGUUUAGUCCAGUCCAUUCCAAACACUACUCAAGCAUUUCCAAUGGCCAGGUUUAUUUUGGUUUUUGCCAUUGAAGGAGUUUUCAAGACAGUCCAAUGCUUAAUAUUUCAUGAUUAAUACAUGAAUCAUACAUGAUAAAAGAUUUCCAAUUCCAUGGAGUCUCAGAUAAAUGUUUUGUUCCCUGAAAUAUGAAAUAUAAGAACAAUUAGGUAGAUAUUUCAUGUCAGAGAAACCCUGAGCAAAAAUUAUGAUUUAGUUUAACCAGAAUCAAGGCAAAUUUCACAGAUUUUACAGUUAGGGUUUUCAGUAAGAAAUAGAAUAACACUGUGGAGGAUAAUUUAAUUUAAAACUGCAAGUGAACAUUCUCUACAUUUUUAGAAUUUAUUGCUCAGGCUAUGAUGAUUUAACCAGGGAAUCAGUCUGCAAAGUAACCAAAAAACUAUCUGAUCUACCAUGCCUAAUGAACACCAUGCUCAGUAUUCAGUUUUAAUUUUAAUAAUCAGCUGUGAUCACAAUGAUGUUUUCCAGGAGGAAGUUGUUUGUUUGCCUUUGAAAGUUUCAAGAUCUCUUGGUAACAUCAGGUAAGAAAAUGGAAAAAUUUUAUUAACCAGCUUGAGGUUGUAUUGAUGCAUCUGCAAUAUUCCGAGGGAUGCUUAGGGCAAGUUUUCCAAAGUACUUGGUCUUCAACCAAGGAAAAAAUCAUUAAACCCCAACACUGGCAGUCUUCGAAGUUGAUGGCUCAAUGUAUUUUGCUCUCAAAAAGUUAAGUUUACAUGUGCAAUAAUGAAUUCUUUUAUUUGAAAUCAGAGAAGUAAAUUUGUGAUCUUAAAAGAUUACAAAGGAAGAAAGUAAGUCCACUGCAAAUUUUGAAAAUACUGUUUGCCUCAGAGUAAUGAUGCCAGGAGAGGAGGAAAAACAUUUCACUUUAUGGCUCCAAAAAAAUUUUUUUCAAUUUCAGUCAUUGCAGAGUGUGUGAUAUUAUCAGUACUGAACUUGUUGUCAUUGCUUUUUAUUUUUCAGUCAAAAUGUCAUCUGUAACCGAGUCAGCACAAAUUUACAGUUUAUUGAUCCAGCAACAUUACAAAGUAAGUUUUCAUAUCAGAGCUGUAGUUUUCAUGCUGUCAUGUUCAAACAGAUGCAAUAACCAAAUGGAAGGCAACAAGCCCAGUUACUGUGCCAAAUGAUAUUGAAGAGGUGGGGUAAGGGAAUGGGAAGGUGGAGGCAAAUCAAGUCAUAGAGGCUGAUUGGUCCAAGUGCCACAGAUCAUGCCAGGGUUCUGCAGCAUAGAGGGAACAUUACUGAUUCCACCCCUGUUGGGUGGGAUGCUUUGUUGACCUAAGGGACCCCCCCUGUGCAUUUUUAUGCAAUGAUGUUAUUCUUGAUGGUUCACAAAUACCAAUGAAUACCUGUAAAUGGAGAGUGGUAUUGUGAGAGUCGAUUGUGUUGUGCUAGUUGUUACUUGAUUUAUUAUGAAAGUGUUUUAUUAAAACCCUUUAGCCUCUAAGAGUGUCUAGCAUCUAAAUUCUCCAUACAAUAUCACCCCUGAAUCACACACUAAGGUCAUGAGAAUAAUGGAAAUGAUCAACAACUACAGAAGUAGAUUGUUACACUGAUUCUCCUUGUCAGCAUCUGAGCAAAUGUCUAGAGAACAGUAUGGAGAAUGUGCAUACUGAUGUUAGGGUGUAAACAGUUAAGAAUGGAAGUGGAACCUAGGAGUGGAACCUGGACCCUUUCUGUGCUGAGUCCAGUGCUAAACUGUAGGCCUCUGCAUCCUGAGAAUGUGUAAUAACUAUCAUAAAAACAUGGUUCAUUUCAAGAUGAAUAAAAACCAAGGAAAAGUUAAAUUGAAUGUAUUCAAAUGAUUAUUAAAGUCAAUUACCAUUUUCUAUCUUUUGUUUUUCUAUGUCAUUUAGCUGCAGAAAUCUCAGCAUCGAACUACUGGCGUCUGCCUUUCAAAAGCCUUUGCACAUAUAAGCAAUUUACUGAGUACAUGGUUCUUCAGAUUGAGCCAGUUGAUUCAAAGAAUUUAUCUUCGUCAACAACCAACCUCAGUCAAAGGGUAUCUGAAAUUUCUGUAUACAUGAAUAAGAACUUAGCUGUGUUCUCUAAUAUCCUCUUAUUUAAGGCAAAUAUUCCCGAAAUAUGAUUUGAGAGGGUUAAAUUAAAUCCCUUAUCCACCAGUGAGUCUCUUUUACUGAUUUUAAAGUAAAGUACCCCUACUCCUUGGGAUUUUCCGCCAUCGUGCUAUUAAGGGGGUUUGUGAAAAGACUUUUGUUGGUCACUUUAAGUCAGACUUGGCUUUUGUAGGGUCAAAAUAUCUCAGAUGUUUUAUGGGUAUAUUUUUAGUCAUAACCAUGUAUGUAAUUGUGCUAUCGAAAACGUUAUUCUCCUCGGGUUUGACAAAUACCUACCAAAAAUAUUAUUUAUUUUCACGUUGGCUUCACAGAGCGCUUCUCAAUGAUUAUUAAGAUGGUCUUUUUUUUUUUUUUUUUUUAUUUUUUGUUUUUUUUUUUUUUUUUUUUGCUUUAUCAGCAUGUUUUGGCGGAUGUAUGGGUAGCGCGGAUGCAGGACCUGGGUACGAAUGAUUGUCAGUAUCACUGCCGCACUCAUCUUGGCCAUCUCCUGAAGACUGGGGAUACUGUUUUGGGGUAAGACUAAACCCCAUCCCCCCAUCCCUCCUAUCCUUUUGUUUUGUACCGACGUCACAGACUGGUCUUUGAGAAUAACUAGUGGUUCAUCUUUCAAGUGCGGCAUGGAACCUCAAAGAAAGAGAUAUGGUAUUUUCAUACCAAAUCGUGUCGUUGAAUCGCAGAUAAUUAACUAUGAAACAUACUUUAAUUAUUUCACUCGUACUUUUGCUGUUAUGUACACUUAACGAGGAGUAUUUCACAUGUACCAUUGUUAUGUACACUUUGAGAAAACCGUUUGAAAAGUGUGGUUUGUUCAAAUGCUAUAAACGCUUAGUUUUUUUUAUAUGUUUUUAUGUUUGUUUUUGGAUAGAUUUGAUUUCACAACAACAAAUGUAAGCGAUGAGAAUCUUGCCAAGAUGAACCCCGAACGAAUUCCAGAUGUGGUAAGAGGUCUCACUGUGUUUGUGAUGAGUUAAGUUCAGUUUUCAGCCGUAAGUCACCGCCAAAAGAACAGCCGUGGGCUAGAAACCACUCAACCAUGCAGUCUUAAAGAAGACUACUACAUAUUAAUUUUGUAAGAUAAAAAAUCUGAAAGAGGCAAUAGUAAGCAAAGAAAAGACAAGGAUUGUUAACGAUGGAGAAGAUUGACGCGGAUUGAAAAUUAUGAACUUGAGUCAAAUUUUGAGCCCUACAAAAAAAUCUUCAAUUUUAAGGAAGACUUCAGAAUUUCAAUUGAGCAAGAAAUAGAAAUAAAAAAGAACCAAAGGGAAUUAAAGAAAGAAAAGGGAUGACUAAGGAUGGAGAGGAUUAAAACAGAUUUCAAUUGACUCACCAGAAGAACGUAGACUAAGUUUUUCAAGAUGCAGAAACGUUAGCUUUACUCCUUUAAUGAGAUGUUUGUUGUCAAAACUUCCAGAUUUUGGUGAAGAAAUCCUACGGUGACAAGAAGAAGCGACGGCGGAGAAGAAACUGGAAAUUAAAGGGUCUUGACAAAGAAAUGGCAGGAAUUGAUCAAGACAGUUUGGAUGGGUACUGUAAUUGUUUUGAUGGAUUUAUGAAGGACGUAUUCGCUUUGCUCGGCGCAUGGCCUGUCCUCGGCGUAUGGCCUGUCCUCGGUGCAUGGCCUGUCCUUGCCUUAAUUUCAUGUUUCUUUGUGUGUAAAAAUGAUUGGAAAGGUGUUUGUUGAAUUGAAAUGUUCUUUUAGUCAUGGGAAAGGGAAAAUGAGAAAGUAUGAAUGACCCAUAAAAUUAUGAAAACAUUAGCGAACAUUCUGUUUUAAAAGGUAUGCACAUGCGCUGAGCAGCAGAACCGACCCUUUGUUCCAAUGUCCUUAUUCAACACUAUAGCGAGGUGAUUUGUUUGACACUAUGACCGAAUUUAAUCUAAGCAAUUUAUCUGUGCAGAGAUUACGAUGCUUUCCUUGGUGAUCUGGAGGAAGAUAAGACCUACCGACAGCAGGUCAACAUUUAUGUCGGUAAGUGAUUAACACCUAAUUUAUCUCUGCAAAAACAUAGCGUCAUGUUCUAACGUAAUCCGGAAUAUUCCAUAGUUUUUAUUUUAUUCCAUUCUAUGAUUGGUCGAGAAAGCUCCCGCUUUCCUCUCAAACAAUCACUUGUAAAACCCAACUUCAAUUGGUCUGGCCGUCCAUGCCUGUUUACAAAGAAUCCUUGUGAAGUUCAGUUUUGUUCUGAUCAGCAGUUGUAGUUACUUUGGUCUUUGUUUUACAACGCUUCGCGAAAUGUGCUCUACACAUAGUUUCCCGCAUGGACCAUAUUGUAUCCGAGAUGAGUAGGAAUUUUGCCUGAGAGUGAAUUCUCAGAUCAAGAUAAAAUACUCUAGAACAAAGCUGGCUAGGAAACUAAUUGAAAUCAUUAUUACUUUCAGAUCGUGAUUACAAAGGCGCCUCAGAAGAUGAUGACGAUGACGCCCCACGGAUAAGUCUCCAGGAGAUGUUAGAGGACCUGCAUCUUGAGGAAUCCGAUGCAGGGGACCACGGGGCGGAAACGGGCGCCAUGAUGACAGAAUGAUGUACCUGGCUAAAUAUUCAACGGCAAUAUCAAAAGCAGACACUUUUCACAAUGAGACAAGAUGACAUCAAUGAAAACGUACUGAAUAAACUUGGUGUCACUUGCACUUUUGAGCUCACGUGUCUUUCACUUUUGAGCUCACGUGUCUUGCACUUUUUAGCUCACGUGUUGACUUGAUUUCGUCUCAUGACACUUCGAGUGUCUUCGACUUCCGUUUGGAUCCGCACUAUCGUGACCAAGUUUCAGGUGACAAUUUUGAAGAAAGCUUUUUGAAAUGCUGUGGCAGAGGAGAAGGUGUAAAUGUAUUCACCUUCCUACCGUGUCCAAAAAUAGAUGCUUUUAUCGUAUGGCGUACACGAUGUCUAUUUUUUCUUCGUAUGGAAACCUAAAAGCUUUUGAAAGUUUUUCAUCGAACUCUUCUACUCUAGGUCGAAUGAAUUACUGCUCUGGUUGAUUCAAAAAGACAAAUUAGAUCAAGUAAUAUCUACAGAUUAUAUCGUAAAAUAUCUAACUCUCAGUGUUUAAAAUUCCUAGCCUUGAGAUUUUGUUAAAAGAAAUUUAUCCUAUUCCGGC